AUGUCUGCACCAUCUUCUAAAGAAGUUGCCAUCAUUGGAUCAGGAUUAUCCGGUCUAACUCUCGCUCUCGCCCUUCAUCAAAACAACAUCAAAUGUCGAGUUUACGAAAGUCGUCCAGCGCCUUUGAACAUUGGAGGUGCUGUCAUGCUUUCUCCUAAUGCUCUCAAAAUCUUGAAAGCUCUCAACGUCUAUGAUCGAAUUUGUCACAAAGGUUACAACUUUGAUAACCUUGAGUAUCGAACUGCUGGGGAUGGAAAGUUGGUGGAAAUUCAAGAAUUUGGUUCUGAGGAGAAAUAUGGUUUCCAGGCCCUUCGUAUUUACAGAAAUAUCCUAAUCACUGAAUUGCUUGAAAUGUUCAAGGAACAGGACAUUCCCAUCGAUUUUGGCAAGAAAUUUUCACAUGUCACUUCGGAGACCGAAAAACAAGUUGAAUGGGAAUUCACUGAUGGUACCAAGGGUACUGCACCUCUUCUUAUUGGAGCUGAUGGUAUUCAUUCCACUGUUCGCCGUUAUCUCUACCCCGAUUUGGAGACCAAGUUCACUGGAAUGGUUGGAAUCACAGCUGCUGUACCAACAUCUCAAUUACAACUUCCGGAAGGAUAUUAUAUUCCUGUCACCCUGAUGUCCCCCAAGGGUGCAUUUGUGAUUGCUCCUCAGCAAGAAGAUGGAUCCGAGGUAUUGAUCGGAAAACAAUUACGCAUCGAAGAGAAGGACAGAGCUGGUUGGAACGAUAUGUCAAACAACAAGGAAGAAAGCGUCAAAUUCUUGCAAAGCAACAAUGAUCUAUUCCCAGAAAUCGUUCACAACGCAGUAUCCAAGAUUUCCCAUGACAAGAUUAAUGUUUGGCCAUUUUACAUUGUGCCCAAGCUCGAUAACUGGGUAUCUCAAAAUCGACGUGUGGUUAUCCUUGGUGAUGCAGCUCAUGCAAUUCCUCCUUCCGCAGGUCAAGGUAUCAACCAAGCAUAUGAAGAUGUUUAUAUCUUUGCACUGCUACUUGCAAAGUCAAACAGGGAGGAUAUUCAAAGUGCACUCUCUUUCUGGCAAGAAUACCGACACAAGAGAGUCGGAAAGGUUUUGGAAUUGAACCAGCAAAUUGAUUUGAGACGUUUACCAGGAAAUUCAGCAGAUCAGAAGAGGGAACCAUUUGAGCUGAGCUGGUUGUAUAAUGCGGAUUUCGAGGCAGAUGUAGAAGAGUGGAUUGCUCAGCAAAAGCAAUGA